GAGCCAACGGCCGUGAUGAGGAUGGCCUCGAAUUAUGCCGGGCGCCGGCGGGCCCAGGAGCAGGAGCCCGUGUUGCUGAAUACUGAUUGAAGUGCUAAUAAACACGCGUCCCCGACUGACUCCCUAAUUACGACAUGACUCUAGGCCUCCAACGUAAACACGGUCUCGCAUGUUGCGGCCGCCCAAAAACCAGCCUGCCUGCCGGCCCCCCUUCUGGCCCUGGGCCUCCUCCCCUCCGACUCGCCCUGCCAAAUCCAAUGUCGAGCUAGACGGUGGCGCAGCACGGGAGCCGAGUGGAUAGCCGGCUGAACGAACUUUGAAGCCACGCUCGCUCGCGACACCGCUUGGCUCCACAUAUCUUGCCCCUCCUCGGCCGCAUCGUCCUGUCUCUGGGGAGCAUGUCAUGUAGCGAAGUGAUGUCAAGCAGAACACGUCGACAUGGACCAAGCUGACCACGGCCCGCACCUCCAGCCGACGGCUGGCUGGGUGGCCGGCGAUGAGUGGGACACGCACCGGGCGACCAUCCAGGAGCUCUACCAGGCCCAGAACAUGCCCCUCAAGGAUGUCAUGAAGGUCAUGGAAGACCGGCAUGGGUUCCGAGCGACCCAGCGAAUGUACAAGACGCGGAUAAAGUCGUGGGGCCUCGACAAGAAAUUCAAGGAGUCGGAGGUGGUCGAGCUGUUCCGGCUCCGGCGGGAGCGGGAGCGGGCGGGCAAGAGCGCGGCCGCGGCGACUUACACGAUCCGCGGGCGCGAGGUCGACUGGGACCGCGUCAAUACGUACGUCAGGAGAAAGGGCCUCGAUAUCCCGCGGCUCGUCGACACGGCGCCCCACCUCAGUCCCGCGGCCGCCAGGGAGAUUGCCUGUCGAACGCCCUCGCCCGCCCCAGAUCCCGCCGCCGCCGGUGUGGCUGCGGCUAGCUACAGACAUGGCGGCGGGCUUGCCCCUAUCGACACGUAUCUCGACGUGACAACUUCGCCCAUGUCUUCGUCGUCCAUGGUCUCGUCUGCCCCGUCGGCGUUUUCGUCGUCGCCGGGGCCCGGCCCGGCUCCAGCCCUUGCCGCCUCUCGAACGCCAAUAUCUCCGUCGGCGAGCCACUACUCACACCACCAACCCGGACCCCUCCCGCGGCAGGACGAAAGCAGCCACCACUACCAAAACACAACAGCCACCCCGGCCAGCGCGCCAGCGCCGCAGAGCGCGGAAGGUCUGCAGGUAUUCCAGAAGUUCCUCACACGCGCCUACCACACGGUGCUGUUCGAGGACGGCGACAAGGCGUGGGGCACGACCGAGUACUGGCUGCGCAACGCGCGGUCGCAGGAGUGGAUCAUGACGCUGCGGUACAAGCUGGCUAUGUACCGGGGGUUCAUCGAGGCCGAGACGGCGGCCGGCAGCGCCGCGGUCCGCAGCUUCCGCGCGCUCAACCGCAGCUUUGCUUUGCUAGAGCCCGCCAGCGCGGGGAUCAUCGGCGUGCGCCUGUUCUACCUCGUCAACUUCUUCCACGCUUUUGGCCACGCGAGCCCCUUCCACAACCCCUUCGCCGCCACCGCGCGCCAGCUCGCCACCGUCGUGCACACCGCCUGCGUUGCGCUGCCGCCGCAAUACGCGCAGGGAAGUGGCUGCGUGGACGCCGGCGGCGGCAGCGGCGGCGGCGGCGGCGGCGAUGUCGUCAUGGCGGGGACCGGCGAGGAUUUCCGCAUCCACCGGUACCCUCCGCAGCAUCACGGCGGGCAGAGUCACGGCGGGCAGAGUCACGACAAGAGGGCCAGCAGCAGCAGGAGCAGCAGCAGCAGCAGCGCCGUGCCACCGCCUGCAUCUCCCACGGGCGCCGCCGCAACGCCCCGUCCGCUUUUAGUGCUAGAAAGCCACCUCGAUUUCACCGAGUCGGCGGGCCGCUUCCUGGCCGCGGUGCUCGACAGCAUGGUGCAGCGGCUCGGCGUGGUGCUGCCCGCUGCCGCCGUCCUGCUGCUCGACAAGGACCGCGACGGAUACCCGCUGCUAGACAGCGGCACGCCGGAACCGCCGCCAGCAAACAGCAGCACCGCGCCAUCUGUCUCAACCCUCCCCUUUCCGCCGGGGUUCGCAGACACGCGCUACGCGGCUUACGGCGGGACGGAGCGAGAUCCGCCGGCGGCGGCACUGGACGCCGCCGUGUGGGCGCUGGCAAGGCGGCGCGACGAUGCGCUGGCUGUAGAGUGUCUGCGGCCGCUGCUGGCGCUGGAUACUACUACCGCCAGCGGCAUGAGUGUAGCUGGUGCACAAAAAACUCGCGCUCGCGCCAUUGCGCGCUGCGCACGCUACCACGCGGCGCGCAUCGCCGAGCGCGCCGGCGACGCAGAGGCUGCGCGCGAGAACCUCGUCCGCUCUGUGCAGGGGUCGCUGCUUUUCGAUGGCGAGUUUGUGAGCUGGGGGGAGGUUGAGUUUUUGUUUUUGUGA